AUGUAUAUUGAAGAGAUCCCGUCUGUGUGCAUCCCGACAUUUGCGAAACUCCUACAAUUCCGACCCAAUGAAGCUCCAGAAGUACUGUCAUCGCGAAUCGCCAAGGGGGUAAAGUCGAUACCUUCUUUUCUCAGGUCGAGUCGGUUGGAGAAUAUCCUAUUGCCGCCUCGCGGCCACCUCUGCCAGCAACACAAAUCCCUACACUACGAUGCCGUGGAUGUCGUGCUGCAUCAUGUCCAGCUUGAGGUGGGAAUCCGUCUCAACAAUCUCAUUGCACACUGCGAUCUGCUCUCUCCAGAGCAGUACGAUCGAGUCAUGAGACUUCGGGCACUGCACGCCUUGUGGCUCACACCAGACGACUACGCAAAAACCUUCUUGGUCUCAAGCCAGGACUCGAAGUGGACCUACCAAAGUGACCGCUGCCGUGCAUGCAUCCUGUCCCGCAUUACAUGUGAUCUGGAGAUUCUCCUGGACCUGAGGUGGACAAUCAGGUCGAGGGCAACGUCAACUUUCGUCGCCGCGCAUGGAACCCCGAGACUCCAAUCAUGGGUGCAGGUGUGGAUUGCCGCGCUGGCGAAAUGUGUGGAGAGGGCGACGGGUCAAGAUAUCGACCUUGACACCGUUAUGCUCCAGAAUGAGGAGCAAGCAGUGGCGCUGAAGAAGACAAGAGCUAAUGUCGAAGCAGUGAAGAAGGAGAAAUACAAGUACAUGAAGCUGAGCAGAACGAAAAGCGGAAGAACAAGAGCCAAGCGCACAGGUAGCUCUCGUCUUGUUCCCAAUCCCCCGGUUGCCCCUGAACACGAAGCUCCAGGAUCAGCAAAUCUGGACGGGGCCUGUGACAAUCAUGCCGGAGAAGGUGUGCCAGGAGAACCGAACGAAGACGAUCUCCCGGGCAUGGAUGCCUACGAGGCGCUGACCAGCACGACCUACCUUCCAAAUCAGCCACGUCCUCACAUGAAAUUUCCAUUCGAAUCAGAUAUCAGCUCUGUGUCGGGUGAUCCAUCCACAAAAGGCCAAAGUCCUUACGGACGUUCUUCCUCGACCACUGAACGCGCAUCACACUUUGGCGUUGUCGAAGACCCACCAUCUGCUUCUUCACAGACACGCAAAUCCUCUACUCACCAGGAGGAAACGCUUGAGUACGUACCGCCGCGGUCACAGUGGAAGACAUCACGACAAGAAGAACCAAUACGACCGGCCGCCAACGACAGGGUACACGGGCUAUUUGGCUCUUCCAGAGAUUCUUGGGAAACAGACCCUGUCUUGGCUUCGGCUUCGAGCAUUUACUCUGUGGCAACCACGGUGUCCAAGACCCAGAAGCGUCAUGCCUCUGCAAGUAGCCAGCGAACAACCAGAGUGAAUGAGGAUGAGCACGAGCACGAGCACGCUGAAAGCCACAGUCGAUCUAAAGGUUGCGCUCUGUCAGGUACAGGACACAACCUGCCAUCGGAAAAUCCGAGACGCUGUGCAGCAGAGACCUACAUCGACCUCGUCGCCCCGUCUCCAUUCACAACCACAUCUGAAACACCCUCGAGUCCGAAACCUGUACCGGGUUCUAGACUAGGACAAUUCACGCCCCCAUCCUCGGCAUCAGAUCUAUUCCUCCGUCUGUACGAUGAAGUCAGCCGGUCUGCAGCAGAUCUAGGUACGACCACACUCUCACCGAGAUCGACUCCUACACCGGUAGUGCGGCAGGACCCGUCGAGGCCUUCGCGGCGUUUAGUGUCUUCAACAGAAGAGAUCCUUGACCUGUACGACGACACGAUCAGUUCCACCUCUCCGGACAAAAGCCCCAGCUCCUCGUCGCCAGACACGCCCCCCACACCAUCGACAUGGGCAUGGGCGGCGACGGGGAAGAAGUCGACUCCCGAGCGCCUCUCUGUGAGGGUGCACACGAGUGAAAGACGAAACCACGACAGAAGGAGCUUGACCCACGCCAUCCACAGCAACGUGCGCCUGCGGGACAGUCCAGUAUCGCGAAGCUCUCCCAGUCGGAGCGAAAGCAAAAGCAAAAGCAGUGGCAGAAGCAUACACCAAAGCCAGAGCCAGAGCCAGAGUCAGGGCCGAUCCCGGGUCAGUGAGAGCAGGGACGACGUCCAAUCCACGUGGAGCGGAGCGUACGAGUCGGAGAUCGCAUCGAGGAAUGAUCUUGGUUGGUAUUACCAGGGCAGGAGGAGAUAG